AAACAUACCUAGUCAGGGCCGGCUGGUGUCUGCUGCAACAGAAAUAACAGUGUGCUGUGCAGCAGAUGCAGGUGUCUGUGUGGAGUCUAAACCCUUGUCUCCCUCUCAGAAGUCUUUCCCCUACGUGUCAUUGAUGCUGGGGAACGGGACUCUGUCAUAUGACCACGAUUCUGACGGACGGCACACUGAGCUGGGAGGAUGCACGGCUAUGGUGCGCAAUGCAAUCUACGACACGUCUCUCCUCGUCAGAUACUCAAAAAACCGACUCAAGCUCAUGGUGGACGUAGAUGGUAAGCAGGAAUGGAAAGACUGUGCGGACGUCACAGGAUUCAGACUUCCUCCUGGAUACUUCUUUGGAGCCUCCUCUGCCACCGGAGACCUGUCCGAUAACCAUGACAUCAUCUCCAUGAAGUUGUACCAGCUGACAAUAGAGAGGAGUCUUGAAGAGGAGCAGGAAGAAGAGGACGUGACUGUCCCCAGAGUGGACAACAUGGACCAGUUCACAGGUUGGUGCACCUAG